AAUAAAAUUCAUUCACAGUGGAGAACAAACACAAUCUCUAUCUCUCUCGCGCUGUCUCUAUCUCACUCCCGUUGUUUGUAGCAGCCACGAUGCAGAGACAAUCCCUGGGUUCACCAUCACCCAAACUCCCCAAACUAGAGACGCUCCUCUCCGACGAAGACGAUGCUCCCAAACCUCACCGUCUCUCCUCGCCUCCUCCAUCACCGCACAAGUUCGUUCACUUCAUUCCUGUCCUCACUCUCCUUUGCUUCUUCAUCCUCUACCUCUUCUCCCACGCUCCCUCUCCAUCAGACUUGAAUCAUUUCUCCAGAUUCAACCGCUCGCCGUCGCAUCAUCUAGAUUUGCCUGACAAGAUCGGCGGCGACAUUGGACAUUACAUGGAUGUAAAACGAAGCGACGUUUUGGCGAUCCGAACUUUGCAGCAGAUUCCGAAGUCACGCUCUCACAGAAAACUCGCCGAUUAUUAAGCUCACACACGUGCUCGCUUCUUGCCUUCCGUAAUCGUUCCCUCCAUUCUAUAUUCUUGUUCAUUGUACAUCCAUUCGCUUUUAUUUAUCGCUAUAAAAAUUAUAAUAAGAAAUAAAAAUCAAUUUCACCUGCUCAGAUCCUCCAUUGUUUUGUUAUCUCUAUUUCUCUGCUAAGAAAAUGAGUGAGUGAGAGUGUUCAUCGUGUUGUGUUUCGGCGUAAGAUAGCGAGCGUGCGCCCGGUGAGUGUUGGAUACAGCUGGAGUUGGGGACCGUUACUGCAUCCUCAGUCUUGGGUUGCGGUUAAAUGCCAGCUGGAAUUCGAAGUGUUUUUUUUUUUUAAUGAAGAAGGGAAUUGAGGUGAGGUUUUGGCUGAAACGGAACGAGUUACCGGUGGGUGCAUGGGAAGUCCGUGCAACCCGGCUUGCUUUGAGGCUAGGUCCACGUGUCAUUGUACGGGGAAGUGUAAUGGCAAGCAACGAACAGGAAAAGUGCUAUAGGUGGCAAAAGUGUCGGUGCUUGAGUGAAAGACUCAUGAAAUAAAUCAGUGCUUGCUUGGACUCA